ACUUGUAAUUUAACUAUUAAAAAUGUCUCAUUUUACUCUGACUUUCUAUUUUUUGUCCGGCCUUUGUGCCUUACUUACAUUUUUAUUUAAAGAAAGUAAAUCUGAAAGUACCUCAUCUGAUCGUGGGCAGUCAGGGAAAGAUUAUAAGAACUUCCGUCUAAAUUAUUUGAUCGUUUAUUUAUUAGUGAUGACCGGUGAUUGGCUGCAAGGACCAUAUGUUUACGCUAUUUAUAAAAGUUACGGUUUUGAUUUGAAACAACAAGCAAUUUUGUUUGUUACUGGAUUUCUUUCGAGUGGAAUUUUUGGAACUGUUGUUGGAUCUGCUGCGGAUAAAUAUGGGAGAAAGAAAUUUUGUUUACUUUUUGCAUUACUUUAUUCUACAUUUUGUGUUAUUAUCACGUCAAAAAAUUUUUAUAUAUUGUUAUUUGGAAGGAUCUUGUCUGGUAUAAGUACUUCUCUCUUGUUUUCGGUCUUCGAAAGUUGGAUGGUCAGUGAACAUUUUUCAAGAGGAUUUCAUUCCUCAUUAUUAUCUGAAACAUUCUCAAUGGCAACUUAUGGGAAUGGACUUGUUGCUAUUUUUAGUGGAUUAUUAGCAAAUUGGUUAGCCGAACACUUUGGAAUUACAUCACCUUUUUUAGCAGCAAUUGGCUUCUUUGUAUUAGCGGCUUUAGUAAUAACUGUUACUUGGAAAGAGAAUUACGGCGACAAAGAUAAUUCGAAAGAAACUUCAUCUUUGACUCAAGCUUUGAAGGUUAUAAGCGGCGAUUCUCGCGUUCUUGCAGUUGGAGCCGUCCAAUCAUUAUUUGAGGCUUCCAUGUACACAUUUGUAUUCUUCUGGGGUCCAUUUUUAGAAAAUUAUCAUAAAUCAGAAGAGGGUUUGCCUUUUGGAAUAAUUUUCGCCAGCUUUAUGGUUUCCAUUAUGAUUGGAUCAUUACUUUAUGGUAAUUUAUGUGGUUCGCGUAAUAUUCCUUUAUCUGAUAUUGCACAAGGAACACUUUUAUUAGCGGGAGUCUCAUUAUUGUUUCCAUUGCUUUAUCCCAAUGAAUACACGUUGUUUUUCUUUUUUAUAUUGUUUGAAGUGACAUGUGGACUUUAUUUCCCUACUAUUUCCACUCUUAGAGCUAAAGUUGUACCUGAAAACUUAAGAGCUACUGUUAGUAAUCUAUUCAGAGUACCGUUGAAUGCGUGUGUUGUAACACUUUUGGUAUCUGAUUUAACAACUUCAAUACAAUGUUUGAUGUGUAGUGUAUUACUUAUCGUAGCUUUUGUUUGGUCUUUUGCAUUAGAGGAAUCUGAUACUUCUAAGAAAGCUGCAAAGAUCAGAAAAAAACUUGAAAAAAAAAAUAAAUUAAUGUAAAUUAAUAUUUAUUAAGACAAGCUUUUAAAAAAAAAAUAGAUUAACGAUGCUAGAUAUGCUAGAUAAUAAAAAUUAAUUUAUAGAUAGAUAACAAGCUUUUUAAUAUUAAUAAAAAAAUUAAUGAUUAGAGAUUAUUUAUUAUAAACUGUAAUAUAAUUUAUAUAAGAUAGAAUAUUACGAAUAGCCUUCUAUCAGGAAUACCAACCUUCGGUCACGAUAACCAGAAACGUUCGAUAUCGUUAGUCAUUAAAAUUUUUUUUCAAUAAUCUUAUAAUUAAAAAUGAAGGAAAUUUGUACUUACGCAUCCUGCACAGUUAUGUUUGGAAUUAGGUUAGAGUUAGAAAGUUAAUUAUGUUAAGAUUUUACUACCAAAAAAACAAUUAUUUUAUUUUAAAAUAAACAAAUUUUAUUGGAUGCGUUAUUAUGGAUCCAACUAUACAAGAAAAAAAAAAAAUAUUAGAAAAUAUUUCUAUU